AUGUCUGGACACCUCAAGAGAAAGUCCGAAGGCCAGGAGCUUCGCGACGAGUCCUCUCAGAAGAGGGCUCGGUUGGCGAAAAUUCCGGUACUCGUUGAUUUCACGGCUCAGGAGUUCCAUCAUCAGGUCUAUACGCCGAUAGCAUCGCUGCUUCCGUCUCCGUUUGGUAUUCGACCCGAGCUAGAUGGCGAUAUGGAGAAGAUUCUCAGAAAAUUCGGUCCUGUCGUAGAGACCACGUACAAGGCAUCUAGCGCCGCCGGCAACAGACUCACUCUUCGUCAAACGAUUCAAGGCACCUGCAAUAGUGAGGAUGUAGUCUGGGUGGAUCCUCUGCUGCCUCUAGUGCUCGAGUCCGGUGAGGGUCUUUUUCUGACCCACCGAGAUGGCUCCAAGAAAGUCAUCAGAAUGAAGAGAGUUGCUGAUGCAAAUGUCUUCAAGUGGUUUGCGUAUGUGCAACAAGGCACAAAGCUGACUAUCAAUGGACAGCGUUAUCCAAGCCAUGACGACUUUGUUGUUGGGCCCAUUCCUGCUUUUUCGAUCAUAGAAUACGACGAUCGUGCAGUUUUCCUGUACGUAGACCGCCAAAGUGUGGACUACAGACCUUCGGGUCCAGAUAAUUCCACAUUUACCGAGUAUGGUCUUCGUCUUGUGAAUGGCCUCGGCUCAGACAUAGAGCAAGCUCUUCAGCGUUAUGGAAAGUCGGCUACGGACACCUCCUCAGGAGAUGAGCCUACCGGUGGCAGGUUUGCAUUAAGAGUUCAACCCGAGAAACAGCCAGAAGAUGUAGAUUCGUGCUCCUACUUCAGAUGGCGAAUGGACGAAUGGAAACUCCUCCGAAAGCGCAGCGGUGUUAAAGUUGAUGAUGCUGCCAAACCCGCUGGCUCAGGACGGAGUCCUGAAUGGCUUGUGGACACUGUUAUGUUCAGAGCAAUUGCUUCAGUCACUACCGCGAUUGAGCUGGAGAAUGGUGUUCCCUUUGCCCAGCUCGAUGAAGGAAGUUACCAGAUGGCUAGAGGUGGCAGCCCAUCUUCUGUGAUUGGCCGUCGAGGAGACUUGAUCCUGCCCUUCAACACGACACAAGGAGGAACUCACUGGAUGGUUGUUCACGUCAAGGAUACUGCAGAUGGGCCUGAAAUCCACUGCUAUGACAGUGGGAACCAUUCCCAUCUCUACGAGGGUAAAAUCAAGACCGUCGUUAGAUAUUCGCUAUGGUUCGACGACGAUAUAAACAAACAGCCCAGCAUGGAUAUCACGCACCACCGCGUAGCGCAACAGCCUUCUGGCUGGGAAUGUGGCUAUCUUACCAUUUUGAACGCUUGGUGUAUAGCCUUUGGAAUGACUCCAAGUGCUGAUGCUGGGCCUGCGGUCUCCUACAGUAGAAUCACAGAUGUCAUUGAUAUGAUCAAUCUGACCAUGUCAGGAUUCAUGGACUCGGCCACUAUUCGAGCAUUUUUCCGUUGUGUCAAGUUCGUUGAGCCAAGCUCGGACAAUAUCGCCGACGAUCGUCACUUCACACGUACUGUACCCUUCCUCAAUCGAUACACCAUGGGCAAAUACUUUGGAGAGCGUAAAAGAUUGGAGCGCAAUCCCCACUCUCCCACCGAUCGACUCGAUCUCGAAACCAUCAAAUACAUCUUGCAUCACUCUUCACCCUUGCAAGACAUCGAUACUCAAACUCCCAGCCAAGUCCUCGAAAGCUUCGAUAAUUGGUUGAAGCAUCGAAAACUGAUCCCAUCAAAGGAUCAAACUCCUCUGAGUCCGGUCAGUCCAGCGACCAUGCGAUUGACCUUUGCACUAGCCGGAUCAGUUGAGGAAUUACGCGUCCCCUUUCCCGAUGAUGCACGACUACGUCAAAAAAUCUGGAACAUCUAUCAUAAAUUGCUCAAGAAACAAGGACACUUGGGCAAAGCACGUGAAGCAAGAGAUAAAGACAAGGCAGAGGGUUCAACCCCUACCCAAGAGUCAGCUCCUUCUGACGAUAUCAACUAUCCUUACGAGGACUCAAAUCUCGUUGUCCUCAACAGACUCAACAUGCUACCGACCAACGAUGUUCUCUCAGCGAACGAGAUUGCCAACAUCCGAGCCAGGACAGCACCGUCCAGGAUAAAGAUCAAUUUCAAGAAGUAUACGCGGCAAUAA